CACGCCCCCGGCCCAGAAGGCCCAGCAGAGACCAGCUCCGCGCGUUGAGAGCUGAUUCAGGGGCGCGCCGUCCAGCCCGCAGCAUGAGCGCCCCCGCUGCGAACCCCAUCUUCGCGCCCGGCGAGAACUGCAGCCCUGCGUGGCGGGCGGCGCCUGCAGCCUACGAUGCAUCGGACACGCACCUGCAGAUCCUGGGCAAGCCGGUGAUGGAGCGCUGGGAGACCCCCUACAUGCACGCGCUGGCGGCCGCCGCCGCCUCCAAAGGGGGCCGGGUCCUGGAGGUGGGCUUUGGCAUGGCCAUCGCAGCCACCAGAGUGCAGGAGGCGGCCAUCGACGAGCACUGGAUCAUUGAGUGCAACGAUGGUGUCUUCCAGCGGCUCCAGGACUGGGCCCAGCGGCAGCCACACAAGGUGGUUCCCUUGAAAGGCCUGUGGGAGGAGGUGGUGCCCACCCUGCCAGAUGGUCACUUUGAUGGGAUCCUGUACGACACGUACCCACUGUCCGAGGAGACCUGGCACACGCACCAGUUUGGCUUCAUCAAGGGCCACGCGUUUCGCCUGCUGAAGCCGGGGGGCGUCCUCACCUACUGCAACCUCACCUCCUGGGGGGAGCUGAUGAAGACCAAGUACUCGGACAUCGGCACCAUGUUCCAGGAGACCCAGGUGCCAGCGCUGCUGGAGGCCGGCUUCCGGCCGGAAAAUAUCCGCACGCAGGUGAUGGAGCUGGUCCCGCCGGCCGACUGCCGCUACUAUGCCUUCCCGCGGGUGAUCACGCCCCUGGUCACCAAGCACUGAGCCUGCUGGCCACCCCGCACCCUGACUCAGUGCCUUUGUGGCCUCAUAGUCCGAGGUUCUAAUUGAGGCUGCACCCCUGGCCGGCAGCGUGACCCCGGGCCACCUCCCCUGACUUGUGCAAGGGGACCAGCACCUGCUCCCUGUGGGCCGUGGGAUGAAAUAAACACUGCCAGUGGCCUGGCCACCCAGCAGCACCACAUGAAA